ACUCGCUGCACACAUGAGAGGCGUCACAACAAGCCACCAGCGAGCGCGCGGCGGAUACGACUUGGAACCCGCCCAAGAAAACUGAGAGAAAACGUGGAUUUGACCGAGAAGUAACUAUCAUAUUAAAUCUUUACAAGCAGGGCGGUGAUCCAAGACAGGUGUCAGAGCGCGUCAGUCAUCUGCUAAUAAUUUGAGCGCUCUUGUAUUGUGGUUGCUGCGCGACGACCGACGGCACCGUUCGCGAGCGAGUUUCUGUCCCAAGAACGCCAAAUCUCAGUUGAAUCACCCACUACUACAGUAACACCAGCUGUUAUUCAUGCUUCGUUUCCCGAGUCAUACUACAAGAGGAAAUUGCAACGUAAGUUUGCACAGCUUCUGCUUUGAAGUAGGUUGUAGCUGUAAUUAAUUUAUAGGCACCACGUGAGUGGGAUGAAACGACCAUUAAGUGGGCACACCCGCUGGAUAUGAUACCUAACACGCUCAGAAACCUCCGCCAGAGCAUCGGACCUCUUUGACUCUUGGUACAGCGCCUGGGACUGGCGUUUAAAUCGCACUGAAUGACUGUAGCACUGGAGAGCCGUGCGCUUCUGCAGAAAGGACACACAACUAGACGAGACCCCAGAAUGAUGUUGUUUUUAAUCUGAGUGCAUUGGACUUUUUGUGUUUUUAGUUGCGGAUAGUUAUAUUUUAACCUGUUUGGUUAAACUUUUGUUGAGUUUUAGCUGUUCUCACUGUUCCCGAUGAUGAGAAUGAUGGCAGUAUUAUGGGAUGACCCGUUCAGGUUGCUCUGGAGACGGACUGUAAUUUAUUCUCUUCUGGUGCUCUCGAUGAGUGGAGCGUGCACCUUUGGAGAUGAAACCUUUAAUGGAGAGUCAUGGCUACGGCAGUACGGCUACCUCCCGCAGGCCGGCAAGCAGAUGUCUACCAUGCGCUCAGCUCAAAUCCUGUUGAACGCCAUCAGUGACAUGCAGCGCUUUUACGGGCUGGAGAUCACUGGGGUGUUGGACCCCGUCACCAUCGAGGCCAUGAAGAGACCCCGCUGUGGAGUCUCAGACAAGUUUGGGGGUCAGAUCAAGACCAAUGUACGACGGAAACGUUAUGCCCUCACUGGCCACAAGUGGGACAAGAGCCACAUAACUUUCAGUAUUCAGAACUACACGCCUAAGGUGGGGGAGUACAACUCAUAUGAGGCCAUCCGACGGGCCUUCAAAGUGUGGGAGAAAGUGACGCCGCUGACAUUUGAUGAGAUCCCUUUCCUGGAGGUCAAAUACGGCCGUCGGAAGGAACCUGAUAUUAUGAUCUUCUUUGCAUCUGGUUUUCAUGGUGACAGUUCCCCGUUUGACGGAGAGGGGGGUUUCCUGGCACAUGCUUACUUCCCUGGUCCAGGGAUGGGUGGAGAUACUCACUUUGACUCAGACGAGCCUUGGACCAUUGGUUCAGAAAACCUACAAGGUAAUGAUCUGUUCCUGGUAGCCGUACAUGAGCUGGGCCACGCCCUUGGACUGGAACACUCCAAUAAUCCUUUGGCUAUUAUGGCUCCUUUCUACCAGUGGAUGGACACUGAAAACUUUGAGCUGCCUGAGGAUGAUCUCCGUGGGGUCCAGCAGAUUUACGGACCCCCUAGCAGUUCUCCCACUCAGGCUCUCCCCACUGUGACCCCCCAGCGACCAGCCCAUCCAGACCCCAGGGCACCCCAUCCUCCGAAGAACCCUCCCGGAGUGCCCCCUCGCCGGCCGGACAGGCCUCGCAGUACCGAUCGCCCAGAACACUACGGCCCCAACAUCUGUGAGGGCAAUUUUGACACAGUCACCAUGCUUAGGGGAGAAAUGUUUGUUUUUAAGGGCCGCUGGUUCUGGAGAGUGAGAAGGAACAGAGUGCUGGAUAACUACCCAAUGCCUAUUGGACACUUCUGGAGGGGUCUGCCGGGAGACAUUGACGCUGCGUAUGAAAGGCAUGAUGGGCGAUUUGUGUUUUUCAAAGGAAGUCAGUAUUGGUUGUUCAGGGAAGCCAACCUGGAGCCCGGCUACCCUCAAGAACUGAUAGACUAUGGCAGAGACAUCCCGUAUGACAAGAUAGAGACGGCCAUCUGGUGGGAACCUUCUGGCUUCACUUACUUCUUCAAAGGAGACUGGUACUGGCGCUUUAAUGAGCACUCCAGAGCUGCAGAUCAGGACUACCCUAAGCCAAUUAGUGUGUGGGGCACUUCUGUGCCGUCUUCUCCCAAGGGGGCCUUCCUCAGCGAUGAUGGAGCUUAUACAUACUUUUACAAAGGUACAAAGUACUGGAAGUUUGACAACCACAGAAUGAAGAGCGAGCCAGGCUACCCAAAGUCCAUUCUUAGAGACUUCAUGGGCUGUAACGUGGACCUCAAUCCUGACAGAGACACCGAUGUGGAUCCGGGACGCAAGUGGCCUGACAGGCCACCCUUCAAUCCGGAUGCUGGCCGAGACAAAGACAAAGACAAGGAAAAGGACAAAGAGAGAGACAAAACUAAUGAUGUUGACUCUAAAGAGGAGACGGAAGAGAAAACAAAUGAGGUGGAUGUGGUUCUGAAGAUAGAUGAGACCGAGCGUACCAUGAACAUCAUCAUGGUGACGGUACCCCUGGUCCUGGUGCUGUGCAUCUUGGGAUUGAUCUACGCUAUCAUUAACACAUUACAGAGGAAAGGAGCACCCAAUUAUUUAGUUCACUGCAGACGUUCACUGCAGGACUGGGUUUAACCUCUUAGAAUGACCCUCAAUCCCUGUUCUUCCCUUUCAUUUCACACGUCCAAAAACACCACCAUAAACAUGCUUACAAACACACAUACAGAUACUGACACACACAUUAAUGUUCACCCUUUUUUUUUCUUUCCCAUGGUGCUCUCCUAACAUGUUGACUAGUCUAUUUAUAUCAGAAAGUUUGCACAUUGAUUUUGUUGUUCGGUUUUUCUUUUCAUAAUUUUAUUUUCUAUCGAAUCAGUUGUUUGUGGGUUUUUCUUCAUUUCUGUUUUUAGGAUGUCACAAUUAGUCAUCUGCAAUCACAGCAUAAAUGAUGAACGGGAAGUCUUGCAGAGCAAGAAGAGAGGAGAAGGAAAGCGGAGAAAGGAAUAUCUCUUAGGAAUAUUUCUGCAUCUGUUCACCUUUUUCUCAGGACUCUCGGCUGUGGUUUUCCAACUGACCGGGCAAGUCAUAAUAUAUCAUCAUAAAGACUGUAAGGACUGUGGCCACUUGCAUCAUAACUUGUUGAUAUACAGUGGGGUACAAACGUCUGAGACCACAUGGAAAGUCAUUUGACUGAAUUUUACCUGCUAUUUGUUUUGAUGUCAUAAAAUAGGGACUUUUUUUUCUAAAAUUUGCUUACCUAGUGCGAUCAUAACAAAAAGUCAGAUUUUAUUGCCCCGUUUUAACAACUGUGCCUUGGUCAUGCCAGCCAAACAUGUUUUAUGUGGUUCCGUCCAUAUUUGUAGAGCCUACUGAUUUCUUUCUUGCAAGCUGUGUUUUUAUCUCCCAAAAGUCCCGUGAUACUGUGGCAGUUAUACAUUUUAUUGUCUGAGGAACGUAACACUUAGGUUGCUUUCAUUUAAGGGGUUUUAAAAAAUUUGCUGGUGCUGAAGCCAUUUGUUGCGUGCAUAUUUAUAUAAUAGCAUUUUCAUAUUUUCAUUUGAUUGAACAAAAGAGCUAUAAAAUGAAUACCACUAGUGUAUACCAAUUUAAAACUCAGUAAAAUACACUUGAGAAAGCUUCUCAGGCCCAAUUAUAAAUAAAAGCCUUAGUAGGGGCCCACUGUUGUAGGGAAUGUUAGGUAAUAGUCUAAUUUUAAAAACAGCAGGGGGUGAAAGCCAUUGCUAACCUCUUUCUACCCCAACCCAAAGCUCUCCCUACCUAAGAAAUACUACUUGCAUUGACCGAAGUGGGCUGAGAAAAGAGUGAAAGAAUCAGGGACAACUGUGAGUUCAAACGAAAAGGGUUUAGAUGCAGAAACCUUAUAUCUUAUGUCUUUGUGAAAGGUCUUAUGGUGUGUUAGUAAGAGUAUGAACUGGACUGUAUUACAGUGAUGGGGAUAAUUUAUAGGUGGGGGUGUAAUAAACGAGCAGGAGUGGGAUAAACCCAAGCAAGCUCCCUCUUGGGCUGAAACAUACUCAUACGCAAGUAUGUGGACGUGUUUAUUUAGUUACCUCAAUUUUAUGUUAUAUUCUCAGCAUUGCCAGAAGGAGUGCUAUAGCAUAUAUUAGCAUAAACGUAAAAGUGAAUUCAUUUCCAGGAAUGAAUUUCUUCUGGGGAUAGAUUUUUUUUUUCAAGUCUGUUACUGUUAGGCAGCAAUAGAGAAUCUUGCUGAGCAAGUUUAGGUUAGUUAAACUGUCGACAUGUUUCUAGCGAGAUACCUGAAUAAAACUUUCACUGAUACUUGACGUUUUUAGGUAAAUCCACCUUACCUUGAGUACUGAGGUUUGAAUAUGAACGCACAUUAAGUAUGUCUGAUGAGACAGUCCACUUGCAGUGCAUUGGCCUAGCAUUCACAUCUGCGUUAGCAUACUUGCGUAGAGUAUAUUUUUGGCCCAAGCUUGAGAUGCUUGGUAGAUAGUGUGUGUAGCAAUAUCAUCCCUAUAUAAGAGCUUGCUGGCACACAGUCCCAUGGCCCACAUUGCCAGGGUCCACUGCCAGUUAUUUUUGGAGUGCAUUUCUUGACAAGCAGUGGAAACAGGAUCCGUGUUUCAUUCACGACUUAUUCAUGCUAAUGUUAUCAGCUAGGCAAAGUAGACAAA